AUGGCACAACAACAAAAGAACCAAGCCGAAGACACGCAACAACAAAGCAAUCCUGAGCCUCAAAGACCAGUAGACAUGUCUGAGCGGAGACAGCAAACUACGGCAUCAUACCAGCCACCGGGUCUUGCACAAAACCACUCCAGUGUGGGAAGCAUAGCAAGACGUGAAACUGCCCACUUGGAGUCAAGACCUGAAAAUGUGCGGAGCAAUACAACUCGUCUAGACUCACGACCCGACCAUGCGCGCACCGAUACUGCUAACACGGGCAUGACACACAUGGACUCUAUUCGGAAUACGCCGACUGCUCGAAAGAGCCGGGCAACCCGUGAGAAUGUCAGGCAAGAACCUCCUCGACGACCUGAGAAGAAGCAACAGCAGGUCGUGGACGUUGACAAUGACUACUUUUCGUUAAACCCGUGGUACAAUGAGCAAAAGUCAAAACCAGUCUUUGGUUUGGGUGCGCCUCUACCACGCACUGUUCGCAAGGGUAUGUGGUGGGGAAGGGGUGACCUGCGCAAGUCUUUGUACAAGGUCGACGACCAAAAUGCCGAAGGCGUCGCCCAGCAGGACUAUGCAGAUGGAAAAGUUUUGGAGGAAGAUUCGGAAGACUCUGAAGUCACGCUCGGCGGUGGACAACGCCCGCAGCCGGGACGAGACCCCUCUCAGUUCCAGACCACUGUUGACGGACGCAGAGUCAACAUGAGACGCGUGCCAACAAGUGAAGCUGACCAGUUCCUCAGCCGCAAUCGCGGGCAAGACCCCGGCAGCCACGAGCAUCAUGAUGGUCAAGACCGUGCGCCUAUCAAUGAACACGGUUUGGACUACGCUGAUGGACGUGGCGACCGGCAGCACUUUGGUUUACAAGACGGUCUUCCACCACUGCAGGAGCAUGACACGAAUGCUACCUCUCAAACCAAGCAGGAAGAGAAGGAGAUUCAACAACGAGAAGAGACAGCGGAACGCGAGUUCUACAACCAGUACCGAAACCCUAUCGCUAGGCUUCGGGCCAAGUAUCCUCAGGCGCCCGCCGAGUUCCUUGCUACAUUCGUCUACCUGCUUAUUGGACUUUGCGUCAACCUUUCUGUCGCCACGUCCCAACAAAGCACCGGUAGUUUUGAAACCCAAGCCUGGGGAUGGGGCUUCGCAGUCAUGAUCGGCAUUUACCUUGGCGGUGGCGUCAGUGGUUCGCAUCUCAGUCCCACAAUUUCCAUCUCUUUAUCUGUUUACCGUGGUUUCCCCUGGAGAAUGGCCAUCGUCUACAUAUGCAUGCAACUCCUCGCCGGACUCGCCGCCGGCGCCGUAGCAUACGCACUCUACGCUGACGCCAUUCACCAUGUCGACCCUGGUCUGACCCUCGAGAUGACCGGUAAAGCGCUCUUCCCCCAGGGUCCUUUGUAUUCCACCGCGACUGGUUUUUUCAAUGACUUCGUCUACAUGGCUAUUUUCGUCUGUGUCAUCUUCGCGCUGGGAGACGAUCAGAACAGUCCUCCGGGCCAAGGAAUGACAGCCUUUGUCGUUGGCCUUACCGGCUUCGUCACCAUGGUCGGCUUAGGUUACAACACUGGGUUAGGUAUUUCGCCCGCCCGUGAUCUCGGUCCAAGACUCAUCGGACUAUGGGUUGGAUAUGAUUCAGCGUUUGAGAAUGGGUAUUGGGCAUAUGGAAGCUGGGGUGCAAGCAUUGCAGGCGCGCUGUGUGGUGGUUUGAUGUAUGAUGUUUGCAUCUUUGUGGGUGGUGAGAGUCCGGUUAAUUAUCGGUGGCCGCAGCCGGGGGAUAUCAAGUGGAAGGUCAUUGAGAAGAAGAAUCAUGCAAAGGAGCAGGCGAAGGAUCAGAUCCAAAAGGUGGCAUGA